AUGCCUACGGUCGACGAUGGCUUUGAGGCUCUCCUGGAGCCAUUCUACAAUGGCAAGAAGCUCACGGAUCCUAUUUCCACAAAGGAGGACAAGUUCCAGCUCCUGCCAGCCUUCUUGAAAGUCAAGGGUCUCGUCAAACAGCACAUUGACUCCUACAACUUCUUUGUGGAGCAGGAGAUCAAAGAUAUCGUACGCGCCAAUCGAACCAUUCGAAGCGAAGUAGACAGCAAUUUUUGGCUAGAGUUCACAGAUAUCCGAGUAGACAGUCCUCGACGUCAAGAUUGGACAGACAACAAGUCACAUAGCGAAGUGACUCCCAUGGAGUGCCGCCUUCGAGAUAUGACUUACGCCGCGCCAAUUUUUGUCGACAUACAAUACAUCAGAGAUAAGCAGCGAAUUGUGCGAAAGAAUGUGCCUCUUGGACGCAUGCCAGUCAUGCUCAAGAGCUCUAAGUGUCGUCUUGCCGGAGCCAAUAAUACGCAGAUGGAGGAGAUGAACGAAUGUCCACUUGACCCUGGCGGUUACUUCAUCAUUGGUGGUACCGAGAAGGUCAUUUUGAUUCAGGAGCAACUGAGCAAGAACCGCAUCAUUGUCGAAGCCGACGAGAAGAACAACAUUAUUUCAGCAUCGGUCACCAGUUCUACACACGAACGAAAGUCGAAGACCUACGUAACUCUGAAGAAGGACAGAAUUAUGCUCACACACAACGUCCUGGUGGAAGGUAUUCCGAUCGUUAUCAUCCUGAAGGCUCUGGGAGGAUUGUCAGAUAUGGAAAUUAUGCAGCUUGUUGCUGGAUCAGAUGGAAGAUACCAAGAUGAAUUCCUGGUAAACUUUGACGAGGCCACAAAGGCUGGCGUUUUCACUCAGCACCAGGCGCUGGAGUAUAUCGGAGCAAAGGUAAAGAUGGGUUCCCGAAGAGGCACAUUCGGUCCUCAGGUGCGCCGUAACCACGUCGAAGAAGGCCUCGAUGCCCUGGCCAACCUGGUCAUUGCCCACGUGCCAAUUGAGGGACUGGAUUUCUACCCCAAGGCCAUCUAUGUGGCUCAGAUGACCCGAAGGGUUCUCAUUGCCGCCCACAACCCCAAGUUGGUUGACGACAGAGAUUUCGUGGGAAACAAACGGCUUGAGCUGGCUGGUCAACUUCUCUCACUUCUAUUUGAAGAUUUAUUCAAGCAGUUCACAUCUGGAGUUAAGAUGUCAAUCGACAAAUUCCUGAAGAAAAACAACAGGGCAGUUCCUCUCGAUGCGGUUCAUAUGAUUAGCAACCACGCCAACAACAUUGGAUAUGGAAUCAACCGAGCCAUUCAGACUGGAAAUUGGACUGUCAAACGCUUUAAUAUGAACCGAGCAGGAGUCACCCACGUUCUCAGUCGGCUGAGUUACAUCGCCGCCCUUGGUAUGAUGACCCGAAUAAGCAGUCAGUUCGAAAAGACCAGAAAGGUGUCUGGCCCUCGUGCACUUCAACCAUCACAGUGGGGUAUGCUAUGCACGUCAGAUACACCUGAAGGUGAAGCCUGUGGUCUGGUGAAGAACUUGGCUUUGAUGACCCACAUUACUACCAACGUUGAUGAAGAGCCUGUUAAACGGUGGAUCUUUACACUAGAUGCUGGUGUUGAACCUAUCCGCAAUUUCUCGGGUGCCGAGAUGCACCGUGAAGGAAGCUACAUUAUUCAUAUCAACGGUACUCCGUUCGCAUUAACUCGAUACCCCAAACGAUUUGCGCAAAAGUUUAGAACCAUGCGAAGGAGAGGUUGGAUCUCCCCUUUUGUUGGCAUCAAUAUCAACACACACUUCAACGCCGUCCAUAUUGCCACUGAUGAGGGCCGUAUUUGUCGACCUUAUAUCAUCGUUAAGAAUGGUAAGCAGAAGCUCAAGCCUGAGCACUUGCGAUUGCUUCAGAUGGGCAAAGCGACAUUCGACGACUUUCUGAACCGCGGAAUCGUGGAGUAUCUCGAUGUCAAUGAGGAGAACGAUGCCCUCAUCACCAUUUAUGAGGACCAAGUGACACAGAGUACCACUCACUUGGAAAUCGAACCCUUUACAGUCCUGGGAGCUGUCGCAGGAUUGAUUCCCUUCCCCCACCACAACCAAUCCCCUCGUAACACUUACCAAUGUGCUAUGGGUAAACAAGCCAUUGGUGCAAUUGCAUACAACCAAUUCAACCGCAUUGAUACUCUUCUGUACACACUCGUAUACCCCCAACGGCCCAUGGUUAUUUCAAAGACCAUUCAGCUUAUCGGUUACGACAAGCUUCCUGCAGGACAAAACGCCACAGUGGUUGUUAUGUCAUACUCAGGAUACGAUAUUGAAGAUGCUCUGGUUCUGAACAAAGCAUCAAUCGACAGAGGAUUUGGUCGUUGUCAGGUUUUCAGAAAGUACACGACAGAACUGCAGAAGUACCCCAACGGACGCAGAGAACGUAUCGGAGACCCCGAGAAUGAGGGCGAUGGCAAGAUUAAGCGCCGGAUCGCUAAGCACGAGGCAUUGGAUGACGAUGGUCUUGCAAUUGUUGGUUAUAAGGUAAACAGCGGCGAGGCCAUGGUCAAGAAGGAGACACCACUUGACCAGACAAGCACUGGCAUUGGGCUGGACCGUGGACCUGCCGAGUUCCGCGACUCAUCGGUUUCAUACCGAAUCGCAGAUCCCGCAUACAUUGAUAAGGUCAUGAUCUCUCAGACAGAGAAGGAUACUACAGUAAUCAAGGUUCAGACGAGGCAAACUCGACGCCCCGAGUUGGGUGACAAGUUCUCGUCUCGUCACGGUCAGAAGGGUGUCGUUGGCAUUAUUGUUGAGCAAGAGGACCUGCCUUUCUCUGAUAGUGGAUUGAGCCCCGACAUUAUCAUGAACCCCCACGGUUUCCCUUCUCGAAUGACAGUCGGUAAGCUCCUUGAAUGUCUAACGGGCAAGGCUUCUAUCGUCCACGGCCGUCCUGACUAUGGCUUUGGAGAUGCUUUCCGUUCUCAUCCGUUGGAAGAGAUGAGUCAGGUGCUUGUAGACCAUGGCUUCUCGUGGGAGGGCAAGGACUACUUCACAUCGGGUAUUACUGGAGAGCCACUGGAGGCGUACGUCUUCAACGGACCUAUCUACUACCAGCGACUCAAGCACAUGGUGCAAGACAAGAUGCACUCUCGAUCCAGAGGUCCCCGAGCUAUCCUCACUCGUCAACCUACAGAGGGUCGUUCGCGAGAUGGUGGUCUACGUCUGGGAGAAAUGGAACGUGAUUGUUUGAUCGCCUAUGGUGCUUCCCAGCUUCUGCUGGAGCGACUCAUGAUCAGCUCGGAUGGUACUGAGAUUGAUAUCUGCCAGCAGUGUGGUCUGUUCGGAUACAAGGGUUACUGUCACACAUGCAAGAGUACAAGGGAGGUUACAAAGAUGACGAUGCCGUAUGCAGCGAAGCUGCUUGUACAGGAACUCAUCAGUAUGAACGUCGGCGUGCGACUCCAGAUGGAUGACGAGUUUCCUCACCCCAGAUAA